CCUAAGGAAGCUGAUGUGUUAUUCCCUCUCUGCAACGAAGGAUCAGGAAGUUUGUGCUCUCUCCGUGGCUGAGAAGUUUUUCCACCUACCAAGACUGGGGUGGGGUGUGGGAACAGGUGUCUUCCUAAAAUAGAUCACAAGCUGCAGCCUGAGUCCAACUGUAACCCAGGAGUAACACCAGGUGAGAAUGACUACUUUAACUCAUCGUACCCGUCGUACUGAAGUAAGCAAGAGCUGUGAAAAGAAGGUAGAGAGUGAGGAAGACACUAAUCAAGAGAAGAGUCCAGAUAAUGAAGACUCUGGAGACGCUAAGGAUAUCCGCCUCACCCUUAUGGAAGAAGUAUUGCUCCUGGGACUGAAAGAUAAAGAGGGUUACACAUCUUUCUGGAAUGACUGCAUAUCAUCUGGCCUGCGAGGGGGCAUCCUGAUAGAACUGGCUAUGCGAGGUAGAAUCUAUCUGGAACCCCCUACCAUGAGGAAGAAGCGACUUCUAGACAGAAAGGUAUUGCUAAAGUCAGACAGCCCAACUGGUGAUGUUUUACUGGAUGAAACUCUCAAACACAUCAAGGCAACUGACCCCACAGAAACUGUCCAGACAUGGAUUGAACUGCUUACUGGUGAGACCUGGAACCCCUUCAAAUUACAGUACCAGCUGAGAAAUGUACGAGAGAGAAUUGCAAAGAACUUAGUCGAGAAGGGUAUUCUAACCACUGAAAAGCAGAAUUUCCUACUAUUUGACAUGACCACUCAUCCAGUGACCAAUACAACAGAGAAGCAGCGAUUAGUGAAAAAACUUCAAGAUAGUGUAUUAGAGCGAUGGGUAAAUGACCCUCAGCGGAUGGACAAGCGAACAUUAGCACUCCUGGUACUAGCCCACUCAUCUGAUGUACUAGAGAAUGUCUUCUCCUCUCUGGCAGAUGACAAGUAUGAUGUGGCAAUGAAUCGAGCCAAAGACCUAGUAGAACUGGACCCAGAAGUGGAGGGGACAAAGCACAAUGCCACAGAGAUGAUCUGGGCUGUGCUAGCAGCCUUCAAUAAAUCCUAAAGCCAACAGGUGGGUCUCUCCCUUGCCCCUGCUGGCUGGUGACUGUUAGAGACCCUAUACUGAGUUUUAUGUGAGGAGAUGUUUCCAUCAUUUUUUUCUUCUUCUCUUGAAUCAGAUCAUGGCUUGAGGAAAGCAACUGCAGGGCUUCUCCAUAGACUUGGACCAUUAUGAGAAGUCUUUUUCUCUGUAGUUCCACUCCAUAGAUAAACUGGGUGAACCCCCUCACUCCUAUACACAUACCACAAACAUAUUCUCCCAUUACUUGCUUUUGGAUAAACAAGUGGUAUUUCUCCAGCAAAUAGAAUGUGAAACUGUUUAUUACAUUUUUCUGAAUUUUUUUUCUAUCUUAAAUAUAUAUUUUCUCAGCCUUUGUCUCAGACUCUGUUAAAUAAUGUAGUUUACUGAAAUAACUGUCUCUGAGUGAGGGGCAAUGGAAACUAAACUAGUUUUUGAAGAAGAUGGUUUCUGUGAUUAUAUGUCCUGCUAGUGAUUUUCUCAUCUUUCCUUUUCUAAUAUAAUGAAAAUGUCCCAGAUUUGAUUACCUGGAUACCACAAACUUAAAACCAGAAAUAUAUCAUGCGCUCCCUCUUAACGUUAUCCUGCUCCCUCAUUCAUUAAGUUCAAGGUCUCAACGAAUCAUCAGAAGGGAGAUGGCCUGAGAAUUUCCAUCCUCUGGCAUAUGGAUUAAACCUCUGUGCUCUUACUGAAUUGAGGGAAUUGUAAGCUUCAGUUGUGGAAUAAUAACACCCUGAGUCCAGACAAUAUAUCCAAAAAUCUCACAUCAUCUUGUCCCUUAAUUUUUACUUCCUAUACAAAUUGAUUAAAUUCUUCUCAUAAUAAAGACUCUAGGAAUAAUUUUGUCUAUAUUUAAGAUACC